GUUCAACGGCUCAAACAGGAGUUAUAAAAGUUAAACUUUUGAGCGUAAAUAAGAUUAAAAUUAUACAAUUUGUACACAAAACUAAGUUAAAUAUUUCUUAAAAGUGGUCACUUACGUUUAGAUUUAUUCAACAAAUGCAUUAAACAUUGGUAAAUAUGAGUGGUAACACGGAAUCAACAUCGAACAGCAUCAAGUUUGCGCCGAUGCCUAUGUCGGCACUGCUGGCCAACUUGAUGCCUUUUAAGAAUGCAGCAGACAGCCCUGAUGCCAGCUUUUCAUCAGCUGACGACAGUGAUCACUCCUUUGGCGAAACCGUGGCUAAAAAACCGUCUCCUGCUAAGAAAAUAAACAAAGAUUUUUUCACGCCCAAUGUGAAACCUAAACCAAAAGAUAUAAAAGCUUUUGCUUCGGAAAAAAAAUUCAGUUACAACGAUCACGAUAAAGAGAAUGCAAACGAUAAUUGGGUGCCCCAUCAAACAUAUCCAGCCAAAGAAAAUAAUAUCAAUACACAAAGCGCUCACAAAAACCAAAGUACAAAUGUUUUUCCGACUUCAGAAUCUAAAAAGCGUAGUGUAUUAAUGCCACAAAGCAAUACUAACUCACGAAUACAAAGUUCAUGUGUUAAAAAGACUCCAGAGAAGAAAAUACCAACUAGUGCACAGAAGCUAAAAUCUGCAACCCCUAAGAUAAAGUCAGGUAUCAGAAGGUUUACUCCGGGGUCUAAACCAAGUCAUAAGAAAACUCCACAGAAAGCUGCUAUACAGAACAGAGACAGAGUAAGAGUGGAGUUGUUUUCACAAAAUCCUAAAGAUGAGCCGCUGUGCCCACCACCACGGCCGGAGCCAACCCCUGCACCCGCACCAGUGCCAGAGACACCACUAAACAGGAAGGCGAUGCCUGCUUCUUAUGUCGCGACACCAUCAUACCCACAGGGAGUGGUGAACAAUAGUUCAAAGAUAUUAUUCAAAACAACUAGUAUAAAAGAUAAGAAGUACAUGUUCAUUAAAAAACUGGGCACCGGAGGAUCUAGUGAAGUGUAUAAAGUGUUAGAGGUGGGCACCUCAUGUGAGUACGCUGUGAAGUGUGUGUACCUGGCCACGGACCAUGAGCUGGCACAAGGAUACAUCAACGAGGUGCGCCUGCUGAGAGAACUGCAGAACUCCGACAGAGUCAUCAGACUAUUUGAUUAUGAGUAUGACCGCACCAACCAGUUCCUGCGCAUGGUGUUGGAGGUGGGCGAGACGGACCUGUCUUCGUUCCUGAAGGCGCGCGGCGCUGGUCUCCCGCCCGCGCUCGUGCUGCACUACUGGGAGGAGAUGCUACAUGCUGUACAUUACAUACAUGAACAUGGUGUUAUCCAUGCGGACUUAAAACCUGCGAAUUUCCUGCUAGUGUGCGGGAGACUGAAGCUGAUAGACUUUGGUAUUGCAUCAGCCAUCAGUAGCGAUGCUACCUCUGUAGUGCGCUCGCAGGCCACGGGUACUUACUCGUACAUCAGCCCUGAGGCGCUCAUGGGCGGCGCCGGCGGGUAUGGCGUCGCUAAUGGCGAAGGCAGCGCUCCCAUCAAGAUUUCAUUCCGAUCGGAUGUGUGGUCGCUAGGCUGCAUCCUGUACAGCAUGGUGUACGGGCGCACCCCGUUCGGCCACAUCCCCAACCUUGCCAAGCUGGCCGCCAUACUCGACCCCAACCACCGUAUUGACUACCCGCCCGUAGAGCACCUCCCUCCAUCACUGAUCGCGGCGCUUAAGUGGUGCCUGACGUACAACGCGCGCGCGCGGCCGUCAGUGCGCGAGCUGCUGUCCAUUCCAUACUUGCAGCCGGCGCGCGGCACGCUGCCGCAGCCACUGCUGGACAAACUGCAGCCACUCGUCACGCCUAACGAAUUCAGGCUACUACAGAGGGCGCAACUGUAGUAUAUAUACUACAGUUAAACUAACUGAAAAUAUUCCUACAGCUUACGUGUCUGAUUGGCUUUGAGCUACGUUUCGAGUCAAAUGUUUCCCGAUGUGAUUCAAAAGUGUUGUCAGACGUAUCCAGCCAAGGCACAGAAUAUGUAAGUAAGCUAAAUUAAGAUACUUAUUGGUCACAUUGUGUGACUUUUCCAAUCACACACUAAUGGUGAUGAUAACUAACUCCAUAGAAUUAGAUCUCGCGGUCUCAAUAAUUCUUCCAAUUUGGAUAUUAUGCUUAAUACUUGAUUUCGCCCGUAAGUUAGGCACAUAUAAAAAUAGUUAAAAAAAUAUCUUCUAUCAUAAUUAAUACAAUAACGUUGUAAAUAUAUUACAUUGUCUGUUAGGUGAGUGCAGGUAAUUUUAUAAGAUGGCGUGAUCACAUCAGCGUCGAAUAAUAAUGAAUAUUGUACCAAAAUGUAAAUAUGUAAAAAUUUCAAUAUCCUUUGACAUUAUAGAUGACUUAAUUAUCUUAUAUUUCGGCUUUAGCAAAUAACAAAAUUAAUAUAAUUAGAUAUAUUGUUGCUGUAUCUGUAUUGAAGAGUUUAUAUAUAUGUGUGUGAAACUUGUAUGAUAAGAACAAAUAAUGUAUUACAGAUAAUUUAUUACAUGAAUAAUGGACUGUAUCAUGGA